CAAUGUAACACAAAAUAUUCUUUCAGUAUGCUGGAUCAAAAAUGAAGAAAUUCCUAUUUUUGAUUUUUGUUUAUUUAUUUUUUGUUGAAUGUACUGCAAAUCCAGAUGCAAAGCGUCUGUAUGAGAAUCUGCUUGCUAACUAUGACAGAUUGAUUCGUCCUGUUGCUAACAGUUCAGAUCGGUUAACCGUACACUUGAGACUUAAACUCUCCCAGGUUAUUGGAGUGGAUAUGAGAAGACAGAUACUAACAACUAAUGUUUGGGUAGAGCAGGAAUGGAGGGAUUACAAGCUCUCAUGGGAUCCAGCAGAUUAUGGUGGAGUUAAACAUCUUCAUGUACCAUCACAGGAUAUCUGGCUUCCAGAUAUAGUACUGUACAACAAUGCAGACGGGAACUACGAAAUCACCAUCAUGACAAAGGCUAUCUUGCAUUAUAACGGGCGUGUGACCUGGACCCCUCCAGCUAUCUACAAGUCAUAUUGUGGAAUUGAUGUAGAAUUUUUCCCUUUUGAUGAACAGGAGUGUCGGAUGAAGUUUGGAAGUUGGUCACAUGACGGGUUGAUGGUGGACUUGAGGCACAUGAAUCAGGUACCCUCGAACAACAACAUCCCGGUGGCCAUGGACCUCAGAGAUUUCUAUAUCUCCACUGAGUGGGAUGUGAUGGCUGUUCCUGCAGUUAGAAAUGAAAAAUUCUACCCUUGCUGCGAGGAACCCUACCCGGAUAUAGUGUUCAGGAUCUACCUCCGUCGGAAAACUCUGUUCUACGUCGUGAACCUGAUUAUACCCUGUGUCGGAAUAUCCUUCCUAUCAGUCCUUGUAUUCUAUCUGCCCUCAGAGUCAGGGGAGAAGAUAUCUCUUUCCAUCUCCAUCCUUCUCUCACUCACUGUGUUCUUCCUUCUCCUGGCGGAGAUUAUUCCUCCGACCUCUCUCUCUGUUCCUCUGCUUGGCAAGUAUCUCCUGUUCACUAUGAUCCUGGUAACCUUCAGUGUAGUUGUCACCAUCGGAGUUCUUAACGUAAACUUCAGAACUCCCGCCACCCACAAAAUGGCGCCCUGGGUCCGGAAAACUUUCAUAGAUUUUUUGCCGCGCUAUCUGUUUAUCCAGCGGCCGGAUCCGGAUCCUGUGGAGGAAGAUGAAAGAACCGAACUUUUAGGAGGUUUGAAUCUAGUAUUCCCGGAAACCCUGGAGGAACGGAACAGUGUUGAACGUCUACUAAACCAUGCUCAAUACGAUGGAGGAGGUUUCAGGUUGGGUCCUAGCGGAAACGGAAACCAAUCCCACAUGAUGCUACAGAAUAUUGCGCAGAACAAUCAAUUUAACGGAAAGGAUAACGGACAUCUUACCCUCAACAGUGUCAGGUUUGAUUCUGGGUUUCGUGAUUAUGGGGAUCAGGAACCUCAUCUAACCAGGGCAAUCCAUGCUGUUCAGUUUGUUGCCCAGCAUGUGAAAAACCAGGAUAGAUAUGAUAAGGUUGCCGAUGAUUGGAAGUAUGUUGCUAUGGUUUUGGACAGAAUUCUGCUCUGGGUGUUUAGCUUCGCUUGCGUUGCGGGAACUGGAGGAAUUAUUUUUGUGGCACCAAGUCUUUAUGAUACUAGGGAGCCAUUGGAUGUUCUCGUUUCUAAGGUUGGAAAGAAGAACACAAUACUGCCACCACCCUUUCUUCUCUCUGAAAGUUUCAACAUGGCUUAUUAAAAAUUCAUUUCAAAUCAGAACUUAAAAUUGUUUAAGCCAUAGAGUGUCGAAAAAGGAAGCUUUAAGAUAAUAAUUGUCACAUUCUUGAAUUUUGAAAGAUACAUUAUUUAAGGAACUGAGUUCUAGUCACAAACUCUAAUUUUCUAAUCCCUACAUCUUUGCAACCCAAUGUCAUAGACCUUUGAU